ACUUUCUUUGCAUGGUCAUCCUUCGCACAGGUUUUUCCCGCGCAUAAUGCGAUGGUUCCCGUAUAAAUCAAGGACCGAAAAAAUUGAACAUAUUUUUAUGUAAGUGUUUUUUUUCCUUAUUUUGUAUGUUAAAAUGGAUUGUGUAUUUUGUCUGAAUUUGUUGUGUGAUAUUGGUGCAAUUAAAUAUGGAGUGGUAUCUACGAAAGGAAGAUCGUCAUAGGCCGGAAAUCCGUGCAGCUUUCAACAUGGAUGACGGAGGGAUGAGUGAAGGAUCCAAGGUUGAGAAAGAUGAUGAUGAUGACGAAAGCUCUGAUGACGGGACAUGGGAAGCAGGUGCCGAGGAGAGAUUGAGGAAAAACAAUGAUGAUAUCAGAGCAUUGAAUGCCAAGAUUGGAGUUCUUACUAGGGAGUUAUUUGAAAUUUGUCAAACUCCAAUCUUUCAUGAAGCAGAUGCAUGUGGCACUGAUGAAGAGGUUGGUGGUGGAGUUGAUGAAGCACCUGGAGUUGGAGGUGAGGAGAAGGCUGAAGUUGGGGGAGACGAAGAGGCUGAAGUUCGUCCUGAUUGUGGAUUUGAAGAAGAAGGUGAUGGUAAUGCAGUUCAAUACCCCCUAGGUGCAUAUACUGAAGUAAGAGGGGAGGAUAAAACCGCACAUGAAGAGGAGAUAGUUUCAAGAACUGUUGAUAACAUUCAUUUUAUUGAAAUAGAUGAUGAUGGUGAUGAAGAAGAACGGGAGGUCGUGCCAUUGGUUAUACCCCCAUUGCGCAGUUUUGUUGGUGAUCCAAGCACCACUGUUGAUGUAGACCAAUUGUACACAACAGUCAGCGUCAGAGAGAUGACCGUAUACAGGGUUGUAAGCGAGAUAAUUGGGCAAACGUUGAGCACGACUUCAUUGUACACUUUGGCCCCGAUAAAAUACGUUGAUAACAUGGUGGUGUUAUUUGCUUGUACGAUCUUUAUGUACUUUGAGAAAAGGUUGUGCGGUGUUGUUAAGAGGAUUCAUUUUAGUCCGUUAUACUCGCACCAUAUUCUUACAGAUUAUAGGAAACGUCCACAGAAUCGCCAUGUUUGGACGCUUCAUAACUAUAACAGCUAUUUGCGUUCCGAUCAUUUUGGACUUGGAGACAUUGCCACAGCGGACUUUUUGUUUCUGCCAUUUGUCCACGACGAUCAUUGGUGGUGUUAUUCAGUGAAAUUGAGGUCAUUGGAGAUUUUUGUGAUUGACUCAUUGGGUAAGGGGAUCAGAGACCGCAAAAGGAUAGACACAGCUGUUGCUAAAAAUAUGGCACGAUUUUUUUGCAUCUUGAUGAAUACAUCGGAAGGUAGUAUCGGUCCUUUGACUGUUAAACAAGCAAAUAUCCCAUCCCAACCAAACUUACAUGAUUGUGGAGUCAUAAUGUUGAAAGCAAUGGAAAUCUGGGAUGGAGACGAAAAAUACAACGGGAAAAGCAUGCCUGAAUAUACAACUGAGGAGCUCCUUGGGAUUAGAAAGAAAUAUGUGUGUGACUGGAUCCUGGACAACGAGAACAUAAGAAGAAUAGAAGCCCUACAGUUAUAUGGCAUUUUUUAGGAUUGCUAAGAAAUGAUAAAAUUGUACAUGUAUAAGAUGUUCAAAUAUGUACCUAAUGUUAGU